ACCUUUUGUAUGACCUUGCAGCUGGUGUCAAUCACAGUAAUCAUUCCUGUUCCUGUGUUGUUCUUAUGUUUUGUGAGGAUGACUCUAGUCCUAGGUGCCUCGGGUGUAGGAAAAACGUUGCUGCUAAAAAGGCUAAGUAGUUGUUCAAGCAAGGGGACAUACACGGAUCUUGAAGAACCACCAUCUACAAUUCCCACAGUAGGCACAAAUCUAGUUAACAUAAGUAUGGGAAGAAAACAUGACAUCACACUAAGAGAAAUGGGGGGUUGUAUGGGACCAAUCUGGAAGAAUUAUUUCAAGGAGUGCAGUGCUCUUAUAUUUGUAGUUGAUGUGUCAAACAGAAUGCAGGUGUCUGCCUCUUGUAUACAGCUGCUAGAAGCUUUAACUAACGGAGAUGUGCAAUUUGUUCCCGUCCUUCUCAUACUCAACAAAAUAGACAUGCCAAAUCCUAUGACCAGGACAGAACUUGACACAACGUUUCAGCUGAAGAGUAUCCUUGGUGCUGCUAAGCAGGAUAUUAGCAUAAUAGAAGCUAGUGCAAAAGACGGGCAGGGGCUGGAAGAGAUAGUCAAGUGGCUUCAACAACACUGUAAAGAGAUAGUUGGCUGAUGGGGAUUCAGGCGUUUAGUCUCCAGGUGCCAGCAGUAAAGAAGAAGAAAGAAAAAGAGGGAGAGAAAGGACUGCAUAGCUGUUCCCUGCUAGACCUGUUCAGUUCAUUUUCUCCUUCCUUGGAUAAAAAAACAAAAUUUUUGCAUAUUGUUGAAGUCUCGUGCCCUUGGCUUACAAUUUGAUAUUGUUUGUAAGUUUAUAAUCCUGAAGAAGUCAAAGUUUUGUAAAUUAUCCUCAGACUGGUUUUUACACAAAUUUAACUUUGGCUUUUAUCUCCAUUUUUUUGUCGAUAUUCUUCAAAGAAAAAAAAAAGCAUUUCUUAUACUUGAUAUUUUGUAUUAGAAAAUAAAUACAAAACCAUAUAUCUUUUUUUUUUUUGUGUGACUAAAAAUGAACUUACCUUGUGGUAAUUAUAGGUUGUAUAAAAGGGUAAAUGACAGAUUAUUUUUUCCAUAGAAAGCAAAGCACAGGUUCCAUUAUGAGUUAUAAAUUUCAUUAUUUAGGAAACAUUUCAUCCAAACUAGGCUCCUUGUUUAAGCAGAUUCAGCAGUCAUGGUCACGCCUUAACAUGAAAUGUUAAUUUAUCAAUGUUUGAAGUUAUUUACAUACAUAGUAUGGCAAAGCAUAGGAAAUCUCAUUAGUGACUGAGAAAACCAAUUGGGCUAUUAUCAGGAUAAAAUUUUUAUGUACCAUUCAAUUAAAGGAAACUAAUACUUAAGGCAAUCUGAAAGUUGCCAACCCUUUACAUAUGUAUUCCCAACAUUUUUCCUUUGCAAAGUAUCUCUUUGUUAUUGCAUUUAUGGGCAUAUUCUGUUUAUUAUAUAUUGUUGUGUUGCAACCAAGUGGCCCCUUUAUUUAACAACAUGGACAAUACAAAAAUGUUGCAGCAAUUUUAAUGUAUCACAGAUUUUUAACUUUGAUUUGGCAUUAUACUAUAAGAAAAUCAACCUUACAAUGUUAAUGAGUUGUUAUCAUUUCAUGUGACAAGACCCCUGUGACUUUGGCAUUCAUAAAUGCAACUCUAUCACAUAGAUACAAUAUAAGGUGUAAGUAAUCACUUUAAAACAUCACUGAAAUAAAUUUAAAAUUGGGAUUGAUAUCAGUUAAAACUACUGGACAGUUUUCAUAAAAUGCUUAAUACAGAAUAAAUAAUACGAUAAAUUUAA